GGAGGCGGGAAGCACAAGAGGCCCAGGGAUGCAGGAGUGGGGAAGAGAUUGAGGAAAAUGCGGCGGACGGGGUGUGAGGGACAGUAAGUCAAGAGCUAGGCUGCAGGAGUAGAACCUGGUGUGGGUUUUAGCAAGUGAAUACAUCCUUUGGAACGCACGAGUGAUACUUCUGAUAACAGAGUGCAAGGGAUAUACGCUUCUUUGUGACAAGAAACUCCCUCCACCUCCCAAGAGAAGGUUUCUGUGUGCAGCCCUGGCUGUCCUGGAACUUGCCCUGGGGACCAGGCUGCCCAGAGCCUCUGUCAGAAAGGAUGGAUUUGGGAAACGGAGAACUGCUUAGGACCGGACUGAACUCACUAAAUCAAGCCGUACAUCCAACCCAGGGCCUCGCCUGGACUGAUGGGAGUCGUGUAGUGCUUACUGAUUUACAGUUUCAUGGUGGGGAGGCCACGUUUGGGGACUCCCAAGUCAUUGGGAGAUUUGAAUAUGUCUGUGGGGUCUCCUGGAACCCGGUCAGCACAGCUCACACAUUGCCUCUGCUUGCCGUCCAGCACAGGAAGCAUGUCUCCGUGUGGCAGCUGUGGCCCAGCACUUCAGGAUCAAGCAAAUGGCAGAUGUAUCAGGCCUCUGAGAUCAGAGAAUCGCUCCCUGUCCUCCCUCAGGGCUGCGUAUGGCACCCAAAAGACACUGUCCUGACUGUGCUCACCGCACGGGACGUUUCCAUUUUCCCUGACGUGCACAGCAGUGGUUCCAGGGUAAGCGUCAGCGCCGAGGGCCGCAUUUACUGUGCCUGCUGGACGCUGGACGGCCGGAGGCUGGUGGUGGCAGUAGACGACAGCCUCCGCUCUUACAUUUGGGACAGUGCUCAGAAGUCUGUCCACAGCUGCUCCCUCUGCCCCGUGUUUCCCGUCAGCUGCUCUGUCCGCUCCAUCGCAGCCACCGCCGACUCACAGGUUGCUGUAGCCACCGAGCUUCCACUCGCUAAGCUCUGUAGCUUAAACGCAUCCGAAGCCUUUGACGGUCCAGCAAAUGGUGAAGAUGGCGGUGUGCACACUCCUUCUGUGAGUGAGGCGCCCCCCGUGGGUGAGGAGGCGGCCGCUUCGGAAAUGGGUGCUGGAGUGGCCGACUCUCCCUUCUCAGCUCCCCUGGAUCUGACUCACAUACAUUUCAGCCAGUCACAAGCGGAGGAGAGUUCUCUCAUUUGUUUAAGAAAAAAGGACUACUUGACAGGGACUGGCCAGGAUUCUUCACAUUUGGUCCUGGUAACCUUCGAGAAAGCAGUUACCAUGACAAAAAAGGUUGCUGUUCCAGGCAUUCUGGUUCCUGACUUGAUAGCGUUUAACCUGACAGCCCAGCUCGUGGCUGUGGCUUCCAAUAUGUGUAACAUAAUUUUGAUCUUCUCUGUCACGUCCUCUGCUAUGCCAAACAUCCAGCAAAUUCAGUUAGAGAGUAACGAAAGGCCAAAAGGCAUGUGUUUCUUGACAAACAGAUUAUUACUAAUUGCUGUAGGGAAACAAAAGCCCACCGAAACAGCGUUUCUUCCUUCUUCAGAGUCUGAUCAGUAUAUGGUUCACCUGAUAGUUAGAAAAGUGUCGCUGGGAAGAGAAUCUCCCGGAGCGUCUCCUCAAAGCCAGCGUGCUAACUGUACACUCAGUGAACUAGAGAGUAAAGCAGAGAGAGAGAAGUUGGUUGAAAGCCUUUCCUUGGGUUCGAGUCCCCUGAGCCAAGGGCUCCUGCUAACAGCUAACUGCAGCACUCAGAGCGAGAAGUCUGGAAGAGCCCUUAUCCAAGAACUUAAAAGUCCCUUUCCCCCUCUGUGCCGUGAUUCCGCUGUCCAGGAAACCCUGCACAGGCCUUCUGGGCUUUGGACAGCAGGGUCUAGACCCAGCAGCACCCCAGACCACACCAGCACCCCAGAGCCAAAAGUACCUCAAAGAGAGAACCUACAAAAAGAAAAGGAAACCUGCCCACUCUCUGGGGAGCUGGCGAUCUUAUCUCGUCAUCUGGUUGGAAUGCAGCAGCAUCUUCUUGAACUCAUGGAUUUUCUUCACAAGGAGAAACGGUUUUCUCCCGUGUAUCCACUCUCUCAGGAGCCUCCCUACAUUCACCUCAUUUACCAGAAACCUCCCUCUUUCUGUCCUGCUGAGAAAAGAGCAGUGCUUCUCUGCGAUGGCAAACUAAGGCUCAGUACAAUUCAACAGAUGUUUGGCCUCAGUCUUGUUGAAAUGCUGCACGAUUCCCACUGGAUCCUCCUCUGUGCUGACAGCCAAGGUUUCAUCCCACUGACUUUCACAGCUGCCCAGACAGUGGUGGUGAGGGAUGGCAGCUGCUGGGGAGCCCAAGCUUCAACUCAGCCUUUUAGUCCAAUCCCUGAGGCAGCAAGGAUCCAGUGCAACGGAAGUCAAAGACCCUGCUUCCGCUCUCAGGAAGUCAGAGCUUCCCCCAGCAAGACUUCCAUUCGAAGAAGGAAGUGAUAAACAUGCUUGAAAGUGCUGAAAUGAGCUAAUGCAAGACAAGUAUAUAAAUCCAAGUUUAUUGGAAGCAUCUCUGGGCUGCUAUGCAGGGACAGGGGAAGAGACAGAGAGAGGAAGCGCAGAAAGAAGGAAGAGAAUGAGCAAGCCAAGAGAUCAAGGGGAGCCAAAAUGUCUGGAUUAUGCAGUGAGGGGGAGGGGGGGCAGCUUUGCCCAUUUGGCUGGGGAGUUCAGGGUAGAGGGCAGAGUAUACCAGCCAACCUUUGCAGCAGGUAGAGAGCAAGGGAGGCUGGGAGACCUGGGAGCCAGUGCACUUUGGUCCAAAAGGCAUCUUAGUUGCUUGUCCGGGUCAGAAGUCCAACAGGAAGUUCUGAGGCUGGCCUGCCCUCUCCAGAUCUAAAACCAACCCUCUUGCUUUGGUAAAAUUUGCUCUGGGCAAAUUUUAAAUACCAUUUCAAGAUUUGACUCUGCUGGAAUGCACGGCUGCUCACUGGUUAAGACCCAGGCCUUGUUUUCUUGCCUUUGCCACUCACGCCUUCUCCUUGAGAUCAUUUCUUUUCUUUUCCAGUCUGAGGGUCACAAAAUUUGCCAUUUUUCCCUUCCAGGAAUCACCCUUCUUUGUUGACUUUUCAUCUGUUUGUGUGUUUUUGAAGCAGGGGCUCAGACCUGUCUUGUACAUGCCAGGCAGGAGCUCUGCUUUCCCCAAACGCCUUCCUCUACCCAGUUGGUCAUUUUAACUUAACUCCUUUCAAACCUAAGAGACCAGUGUAGAACAGAAAGUGUCUCAAAAGUUGAAAGUUUCACAAAAUCUAAACAAUGAGUUCUGGAAAGCCUCAGUUUGUGUGCAGUGGGAAGGACCCUGGUCCCUUAAACUGGACACCUUGCUGCUCCAGGCAGUACCCCACUCACUGCAGAUUGACCAGGCCGGGGAGGGGGGCAGCACAUCAGCCAUCCAGGUUCCAUUAACACAUGUUCUCCCCCUCCUCUUUCCUUGAAAAUUACCCAGAGAGGAAAUAUCUUGUGCCUUUGGGGGCUCUUGUCUGUCUGCGGCAGUUUAUGAAGAUGGAGCUGGGCUAGGAAAGCCUAUUUUGUGGUUCAGAUGCAUUAGACAACUGCUGGGAUAAUGGACGGGAAAGGCUGCUUGUCUGUAAUCAGUGGCCUGACGACUGGUGACUGAGGGGAGUCUGAGGCCUGGCUCCAUCUGCAGAGGAAGUGUCUGGGGUGUGAUGAAAUCACUGCUAUUAUGAAUCCUAAAGAGAGGGACUAAGGGACCCCAAGUGAGAUCACUGUGAAUGCCUCAAGAUGUACUUUAUACUCAGGGCAAGAAUACUCAGAAUGAGUCUUCAGUAAAAUCUAUAGCGGCUGUGGCUGUUUUGAAUGCUCUGAUGAUAUGGUCUUUAUGAGUAUUCCUGGUAUAGAGAAGUAUUCUGGAUUUGCACAUGUAUAAUUUGUCAUUUUUGUAUUUCUUCCUCUGGUGGACAUUGUGCAAAAUGUUAAUUGUUUCUUUAUAAUAAAUCUGAUGACAACUCUUA